CCUUUUUUUUGCGCUUUACCUAAGUAAAGAGGAGGAUCAGUAGAAACUCAAAAAUCUUCAUAAUUUCAACCAAAAAAAACAAUGCAAUGUUCUGAAGAAACUAUUGCAAGGCUAUUCUACAAUGUCUCCAGUUCCUUUCAACUUGUCCUCAUUUUUUCCUACUUCACUUCCAUUUUACUUGCCAAACUCUUCUAUUUUCUUGGUGGAAAUCCAUUUUUCUGGAGGAAUCGAGAUAAUGCAUAUGAAUUUGCAGAGUUUUCGGAUGAAGAAAGUGAAUAUUACCAUAAUGAAGUUGAAACAAAUGAGGAAAAUCAUUAUGUAGCAUGCGCAUUUCGCGAACAUGGAAAAACUGAAUAUAGCUUAAAUAGCAAUGUCGCUGAUGAAGGAGACUCCAUUUAUGCAUCACUAGCUUCAGAAUCUGUUCAUAGUGAUGAUGAUGAUGUUGAAGAGAAGAUUCUCAAUUUGAAAUCUUACAAGUGUGAUUUGGACAUGAUGGAUAGCGACAUUAAUCAUGGAAAAGUUUAUAGGAAAAUCAUGAAGGACAAGAAAGUAAUGAAGAGUAAAAAAAUUUGUAGAGAGGAAAAUUUCUUGGUUUAUGCACCAUCAAAGUUAGAGAGCAAGAAAUUUCAAUUUCAAGAAAAGAAGGACAAUACUAUUGAUGAAAUAUUUGGAGAUGCUUAUAGUGUUGGCUCCACUUCUAAGAGUUCAUCUGAAUGGAGAAGCUCCAUUAAAGAUUCGGGUGAAGAUCCAUUUUCUUCUUCUUCAAGAAGAAGUUGCCCCAAGUGGGAAUCUUACACGGUCUUCCAAAAAUAUGAUGAAGAAAUGCUGUUUUUAGAUAGAAUCAGUGUACAAAAACUCCAUGAAACAGAAUCACUAAGAUCCAUUCAAUCAUGUCCAAGAUCAAUAUCAGACAGGAUUGUUUAUAAAUUAGCAACAAAGAACAGGAAAUCAUCGGAUUUUCGACACAACCCGUAUCACGAAUUAGAGGCUGCUUAUGUAGCACAGGUAUGCUUAGCAUGGGAGGCACUGAGCUGGAAUUACAAAUUCUUCAAAAGCCUAAGAGCUUCGCGUCUUGAAGAGGAUUCGGGUUGUCCUGCUUACGUAGCUCAGCAUUUUCAACAGUUUCAAGUGCUUUUACAAAGAUAUGUAGAGAAUGAGCCAUAUGAACAUGGUAAGAGGCCUGAGAUUUAUGCUAGGAUGAGAAGCUUAGCUCCUAAAUUGCUUCAAGUGCCUGAAUAUCGAGAUUCGGAUGAGGAAAAAGGACAGGAAAAUUUGUGCUCGAGAAUAUCAUCAGAUUCAUUUCUUCGGAUAAUGGAAGAAGCAAUCAGAACAUUUAUGCAUUUCCUCAAGGCGGACAAGGAGAAUCCUUGCCAAGUAUUAAUGACUGCUUUCUUUAAGAGAAACAAAAGAGGCUCUGCUGACCCUACUCUUCUCCUCUUACUCAAGAAAGUAAACAAGAAGGCACGUAUCUAUUUUAUACUCCUGUGAGUUUAAAUUAUAUGCACCAUUACUAUAAGGAUUUUUACAUCAUCAAGUCACCUUUACACAGGUAACAUGUUUUACUUUUAAGAUUCUAAAUCCUAGUAUUUUUUAAGGUGACUAACCUGAAAAUUAAAUUUUAUGUGUGUGUGCAGAAAAAGUCAAGGGUGAAGGAUAUUGGUCGGGCAGGGAAAUGCCGCUUGGCUAAAAGGAGACUAAAAGAAGAAGAAGAAAUGGAGAUAUUGAUGGGAUUAAUAGACUUAAAAGUGGUAUCAAGAGUAUUAAGAAUGAGUGAAGUGAAUGAUGAGCAGUUGCAUUGGUGCGAGGACAAAAUGAGCAAAGUCAGGGUAUCUGAUGGCAAAUUAUUUAGAGAUGCUUCACCACUGUUCUUCCCAGCAAACAUUAGUUAAAUUACUUUAAUUUGAUGAGUAGAUGUUGUUUUGUAAAUAACUACUACAAAAAGAGAAAUAAGGGUGGCCCAUGGAGAGUUAAAAGUAAGUUGAAUGAUGUGGGGAUGACAGGAGAAUUUUAUGAACAAUUUUGAUAAAUAGUGAAUUACAGUAUAAGCAAAGGGAAAGAAAAAAGAUGGAUGAGGAUAUAUAGUGACAUGGGUACGUAGCUUUACUUCUUUUUAAACAUUAGGGGUUCAUCCAAGUUUGAAUUAAAAGGCAAAGCUGCAGAUUGUGCACCAGAAUAAAAGUAAAAGGUAGCAGCAUCACAUGGUAUAUAUAUAGGAUCUUAAUUUGAUCGCCUUUUUUUUUUUUUUUUUUUGAAAUUUGAAGGGAAAUAAACAAAAUUAUCAACAAAUGAGAGACAUAUGCAUCUGGAGAGCUUAUGAAAGAUUGUCUUGAUUUGUAUCAUCAGUAUUAUGCUAUUGAUCAAGAAAUGUAAUGUACCAUUCAGACA